AUGGCAGGCCCCAAGCAACCCAAGGUCCUCCUAUUUGAUAUAGGGGGCGUGUGUGUCGUCUCACCGUUCCAAGCCAUUAUCGACUAUGAGCUCAGCCUCGGCAUCCCACCGGGAUGGGUCAAUUACUCUAUUUCCAAGACGGCCCCGAACGGGUUCUGGCAUCGCCUCGAGACCGGCAGCAUCCCCCUGGAUAAUGCCUAUUUCGUUGGUUUUAACCGCGACCUGCACGACCCGAAUCGUUGGCGCGACUUCUACCUCGCCCAACAGGCCAAGGACCCGACUCUACCGCCCGAGGCACCGCCCAUGCCGACCAUCGACGGAGAGAAGCUGUUCCUUGACAUGAUGACAAACUCCAUCCCCCAGGACCCCUGGAUGUAUCCUGCCCUGAAGCGCCUCAAGGAGAGCGGCCGUUACAUGCUCGCGGCCCUGAGUAACACCGUUAUCUUCCCACCUGGUCACCCGCUGUGGAAGGAGGAUCCCCUGGAUGACCCAGUCCGCAGCCUGUUCGAAGUCUUCGUCUCUUCUGCCCACGUCGGCCUCCGUAAGCCGGAUCCGCGCAUCUACGAACUCGCACUGCGUACGGUCAACGAAUACGCCGCCAAACACGCGGGGUCACCAAGGGGCAAGGCUCUGGGUUGGGAUCAGGGUCUCCAAGCGAGCGACGUCGUCUUCCUGGACGACAUUGGCGAGAACCUCAAAGCUGGCCGUAAGCAGGGUUUCCACACGAUCAAGGUGCACCUUGGGAGGACUUACGAGGCUGUUGAGGAGCUCGAGAAGAUCACAGGCCUAGAGUUGGCGGGGGACCACCCCAAAGUUCCCGUAAAGCCCAAUUUGGGGAGGUUGAAGAAGAGCAAGCUAUAA